CGACGUCAGUUUGCUCAAAAAUUAAUUCUAAGUACUGUUCUAAUAUCUGUGAUAAUUGUUUAAUUUAAAAUGUCUCAUCAAACUGGCAUUAAAGGUAAUGAAGGUUUGAAGAAGAUUUUUGGAAAGUCAAAAGAUGGAAAGAUACGUGCUAUUAAAAUCAGUAUUGAAAAUGAGGAGCUUAAUUUGUCUGCACACAAAGAAGUGAAGAGUUCUUUUCAAAAGGAUUAUGAAAAAAUGGUUAUGCCCAUGAUUGAGGAAGAUGUACCAUGUUAUAUUCUAUUCCGGUUAGAUACUAAAAACACAUUAGGGUACGACUGGCUUCUCAUAAGUUGGACCCCUGAUAGUGCCAGUGUGCGCUUCAAAAUGUUAUACGCCUCAACAAAAGCUACAUUGAAGAAUGAAUUUGGUACGGCACAUAUAAAAGAUGAACUGCAUGCAACUACCAUGGAUGAAGUGACAUACAAGGGUUAUACAAAGCAUAUAGAAGCAAUGGUUGCCCCGGCUCCUCUGACGAUGAGAGAAGAAGAAUUGAAAGAAAUUAGGCAGACUGAAACACAUGUGGAUAUUAGUACUAAUACAAGAUUGCGAAUAAAUACAUUAUUAACAUCAGUGAAAGGAAUUAAUGGACAAUAA